AUGCCCAAGCACCCAGCCCCAGACAUUGAGAGCCACCAGCGCACCAGCAGGCAAAGGUACACCCCAACAGAGGGCAGUGCGACAGGAGAGGUGAAGCCCACCACUAGCAGUGGGCCCUCAGACAAGACGGACGCCACACUCCACUCACCUUCCCAAUACACACACUAUACCCCCCAGGUCCAGGACACGUACCCGCCUCCUACAGAGGGCAGGUCAUAUCUGAACCCAGGGGGUAAACCCAUUCAUACUGGGAUGGAGAAGAGCAGACAGCCAAGACCCGGCCUGGGCUGCACCAGACAGACCGCCAGGCCCGGGGAGCCCCAGACCAUGGACAAAAACAAAGCCCAGGGGAACACAAGAGAAGGGUGCAAACAAUCCAUCCACCCCAGAGCCAUCCAGACCCCCAAGACCAGACCCCCAGCCACACAGUCAGCCCUCAACCAAAAGAGGCCACCGAACCCCAGCAAGGAAGGUUCGGCCGUGAGUGCCCACCCAGCCGCCAGCAGGGCAAGGAGGCACCGAGAGCGAGCCCCGCCACAACGAAGGGACCAACCAGCUGCCCCACACACCGAAGGCUCCCAGUCCAGAGCCGGGCACCAGGGCACAAAACGGCCAGAGCCCGGCAACCGCCCGCCAGGACCCAAGUCCCCCAGUCCCGAACAGGACCACAGCCCAGGGGCAGCACGGCCCCAGAACCCUAAGUCCCCCGUGCCCAUCCCGAAACCACCCCAGCACAGCAAGACCACCGGAUCGGUGACCUAUGACUGCCGCUACAGACCACCUGAGGGCCCGCAUGCAGCCACCAGAAGGUCUCCCCCAAAACCACCAAUGCCCACCCCGGGGCGAGAGUAG